AACGAACGCCUUACACGCCUGGCCGGGAUCCAGCUUCCUUGUUGCUUAGCCUCAUUGCUUGUCGAAUGCCGCCUCGAGGACGCUUAUCGACUAAUUGCGACACAUACCACUUGCCCGCCUGUGCUUGUGAGCACACCGUGGCCUCUAUUGGCCUCUAUUGUAGGUAGCGGAACAUGGGCCUCCGGACCGGUCAAUCGCACAUCCGUUGUGCUCCCUGAACGAAAGGAAACUUCCAAUCAUCAAGCCCUCAUCGAAUCGCCGAUCUUUCUCGUCCCAGCAACAUCCGCCUCCCCAAAGUUCCAAGUCCAACAAAAAUGUCGAUCCUCCUCGCGCUUCUCGCCUUUUGUCUCUUCGCAGCCACCAGCGCCGAGACUUGCACCACCCGCGACGACUGUCCAGGACAAGAAGUCUGCUGCGUCUGGCUGUCCCCCGGUGCGGCAGCGGGUGGUUACGUUUCCUACAGUCUGUGCGCUGGUGUGGGAGGCGAGUGCU